AUGCCGGGCAGAAAACGGCAGAAGCGGGCUGAAAGCGAAUCCUCCCCACCGGCCACAAUCCCCUCAAAGCCGCUACCGGCCUUGCCAGCCGAGAUAUGGAUCCGCAUCUUCCAAAUCUUGUGCGGCACAUAUAACCCGAAGAAUACUAAGGCGCUCUUGACGCUUGCGUCCCAAGCUUGGCGUGUCGCGAGCGUUGCGGACGAGUUCAUCUGGGCGACUUCUAUGAUUCGGGUGGGCAAACGAAGCGGGAGUGGCGAACUCCUGUCCGAGGCCGACAAUUACUGUAACGUUCUGCGACACACGAAGCAUGUGGGUCUGACCCUCCCUUUUGGCCCCCUCUCGCCAGUAUCUGCUCAAGACACACACCUCGGCUUCAAGGGUCUCAUGGACUCUUUCAUGGGGCAUAAGAUGACGACCUUGGUCUUCAGCCGCCAUACGGCGAUGCGCAGGGACGACCACGAGGUUCUCGAUGAGGCCCUAGAUGACUUGCCCAACUUGAAAAGGUUCAUGGCGCCGAAGACCGCGUUUCACACGGGACGAAGCGUCGUUCUCAACGCGUACGCCUCCUAUUCGGACGGACGUGAGUUUUGGUACCAGUCCGGAGCUGAUCUCGACCUAAGCCUGAAGUAUAUCCAACGAGGAGGUACACCAACUUCGUUGGCGCUUUUCGGCCGUGGUGGCAACACCAGGCCCUCGGAUUAUGCGACCUUCUUCCGCCAUACGCGGAUGUUCGAUGGUCAGAACCGCCUGCGCGUUGAUGAGGUCACCCUCGUCAAAACUCACCUACUUGAAGUCACGAAGUUUGUCUCGCUCAACCAAGUCAUAAAGCUCACCAUAUGGGACUCUUACCAUCUCGAUGACUUCUUCCGCAAGGCCAAUUGCAGUCUGGUCGAGAGGUUUUCAUGGAUGGAGCAUACCGACCCAGACGAGGUUCGCGGGGAAUCGGCGCGUGCAUUCACAGACUUUACGAAACGCCUCACCUCAAUCCGAGACUUCAGCGUCCGUCACAGCAAGAAGACCAGUGCGCUAAGCAGAUUCGUCCCAGAGACUCUGCCUCCAGGUCUACGAUCAUUUUCCUGCGUCCUUGGGGACCUGUACUGCGAUCCCGUAUCGUGGAAUAAGCGCUAUGAUAUGUAUUCGAAGAAGUUCAAAGAACUUGAGGCACUACAUCUUCCGAUAUCGUCUGUCACGAGCAUGUUGGACGGGGAGGGAUGGAGUGGGGAUGGUCAGUUUACCACCUAUCUUCGCAUACUUGCUAAAAUGUUCCGCGGAUGCGCGCAUCUAAAACGUCUUGCACUCAGCGGACCGGAGCUACGACCGGCGCAUGGAAACCCCAACCGCGCCCACGAAGUAUCCGAGAGGCUUACUAAGGUUGCACAUCGAGUAGCAAGCGAAUUCCAAAACGUCGGCAUCCACCUCCAAACCAUCUCAAUCCACCUAUUUGACAAUAUCCUCGAGGAGGAGGAUGCGUUCGUGCCCAUCCCGCGCCACUUCCGCAUCGUGCCUGCGCGGAAGCAGGGGAGCAUACGCGUUGAGCCCAUCGAUCCAUUCGAGAUCCCGGAAGAUGAUGAAGAGGCUUUCGCGGCGAUGGGAUUGUCCUAUGAGCAUACGUUGGCGGAGCAUGUGCACAAGCGCAUGCCAUUCGUGCCGUACAAGGAGGAUAUUCAGAAACAUUGGACGCAGAGAUGGUUCCGUCAUGACGAGGCCAGGGCUUAG